AUCUUGAUGACUGUGUCUUUGUAAAGGAAGGGAAUGAACAUUUUAUUUAUCAGUUUCUUAAACUUAUGUACAGCUUUUCAAAAAUUAGACACAGGGUGUGGGCCUCCAUCCGUGUUCUUUGCUGGCUUUCAAAUGGUAGGGGCAGGCCUGCCAACCUGUGCUUCCAGAGGUGCAUCCCAUCCCGGGCCACACUGAAGGGUGGCUGGUAAGGAGACUGCAGCUUCUGGUCCGCAGCCAGUCCCGAGGGAGAUGGCCCCGGGGGUGCCUGCACUGGUGCUGCUGUCACUGCUGUCGGUGCCCAGCCUCCCACCCCGCGCCACCGGAUGCCCCACCGCCUGCCGCUGCUACAGCACCACGGUGGAGUGCGGCGCCCUGCGGCUGCACAUCAUCCCGCCUGGAAUCCCACCAGGGACACAGACGCUGUUCCUGCAGGACAACAGCAUCAUGCGCCUGGAGCCAGGCGUCCUGGCGCCCCUCACCGCCCUGCGCCAUCUCUACCUGCACAACAACAGCCUGCGCACCCUGGAGCCAGGCGCCUUCCACGCACAGCCGCGCCUGCUGGAGCUGGCGCUCACAAGCAACCGGCUGCGCGGCUUGCGGGUUGGCGCUUUCACUGGCCUGGCCCAGCUGCGCGUACUCUACCUGGCUGGUAACCAGCUGGUGCAGCUGCUGGAUUUCACCUUCCUGCACUUGCCGCGACUGCAGGAGCUGCACCUGCAAGAAAACAGCAUUGAGCUGCUGGAGGACAAGGCCCUGGCCGGGCUCUCCUCGCUGGCACUGCUGGACCUCAGCAGGAACCAGCUGGGCACCAUCAGCCGUGAGGCCCUGCAGCCCCUGGCCAGCCUGCAGGUCUUGCGCCUCACAGAGAACCCCUGGCGCUGUGACUGUGCCCUGCACUGGCUGGGAGCCUGGAUCAAGGAGGGGGGUCAGCGGCUGCUAAGCUCCAGGGACAAGAAGAUCACGUGUGCGGAGCCCCCGCGCCUCGCUCUUCAGAGUCUCUUGGAUGUCUCUGGCAGUAGCCUCAUCUGCAUCCCGCCCUCUGUGCACGUGGAGCCGCUGGAGGUGACAGCCAACCUAGGGGAGGACCUGCGGGUGGCCUGCCAGGCUUCCGGCUACCCGCAGCCCCUGGUGACCUGGAGAAAGGUGGCCCAGCCUCGCGAGGGGCAGCCGCGCGCGCAGGCCCAGCCGGAGGGCGGGUCGCCGGCCCCGGGCGCGCCCGCGGCCUCCGACACAGGCAGCGGCAUGCUCUUCCUCGCCAACAUCACCCUGGCCCACGCUGGCAAGUACGAGUGCGAGGCCUCCAACGCCGGCGGCGCGGCCCGCGUGCCCUUCCAGCUGCUGGUCAACCUGUCCCGGCCACCGCCGCCGGCCGCGGGCCGCGAGCCGCGGGCGCCGGGGCCGCCGGGCGAGGGCGCGCUGUUCAUCAACGACUAUUCGGACGGGCCCUGCACCUUCGCGCAGCUCGAGGAGCUCCGCGGCGAGCGCGGCCACGAGAUGUUCGUCAUCGACCGCUCCAAGCCGCUCUUCGCCGAGCGCCUGGCCGCCCGCGGGACGCGCUGCUGAGGCCGGCGCGCGCUGAUGACGCGCCGCGGAGGG